AUGGAAGUCAUUCGAAUGCUGCUUGAAAAUGGUGUGGAUAUGGAUGCUAAAGAUGAGGAUGGAUACACCGCGUUGCACUGUGCAGCGGAGUCGAUACAUGAUGAUGUGAUUGAGAUGUUGGUAAAGAAAGGAGCUGAUGCUGAAGCUCGAACUAACAAAGAUGUAACUACACUGCAGAUUGCUGAGUCUUUGCACUACGUUGGGAUUACUAGGAUACUUAUUCAUAAAGGUGCAACAAAAGACAAUAGUAGUACGGAUAAAUUGGAGGAUUCAAAACUUUAA